CCGGCGCGGCGUCGUCGUCAGGCGCUUACGAAGUCGCGCGGCGACAACCGUCCCUGGGCGGCCCUGUGGAAGCUUCUGGCGCGGGGCGGCUGCGCGAUGGCGGAGGGAGCGGCGCUGCUGCGGCUGUCCGAAGGAGACCUCGAGCGGGACCCGGCGGCGGCCGUGCAGAAGCUGACGGUGGCACUAAAAGAGCAGCCUGAUAAUUCGGGGUAUUACUGUCAACGAGCUUCCGCUCACAUUCUUCUUCAGAAUUACCAUGAUGCCGUUACAGAUGCAAAGGAUGCCCUGGCACUUGACCCAAGCAACGCCACAGCCUUUCUCAGACAAGGGAUAGGUGAAUACCACAUGGAGAACUACAGAGCUGCGAUGAGGUCUUUCACUGAAGGACAGAAGCUGAAUAGUGCGGACGAGACGUUUACUGUCUGGAUUAAAAGAUGUGAAGAAGCUUUUAACAGAAAAUUGCAGGCUGAAGUGUUGGAGGACUCUAAGGCCUUGCAGCACCAGUCUCAGACGCCCAAGUUCAAGCACGACUGGUACCAGACAGAGUCCCAUGUGAUCGUUACAAUCAUGAUCAAGAAUGCGAAGAAGGAGGAUGUCAGUGUGCAGUUUUCUGAGAAGGAGCUAAGUGUCUUGGUGAGAGUUUCCCCGGAGGAAGACUACAGGUUAAAGCUCCAUCUUCUUCAUUCCAUCGUUCCGGAACAAAGUACAUCCAGAGUGCUUUCUACAAAGAUCGAGAUAAAACUGAAGAAGCCGGAGGCUGUGCGGUGGGAGCAACUGGAGGGAGACGGAGGUUCUCCAAAGCUAAAACAUUUCUCCUCAGACGCCAUGCAGUAUCCGUCCUCCUCUCAUUAUACAAGAAACUGGGACAAAUUGGUGGGUGAGAUCAAAGAGGAAGAGAAGAACGAAAAGCUGGAGGGCGACGCAGCUUUAAACAAACUUUUCCAGCAGAUCUACUCGGAUGGUACCGAUGAAGUGAGGCGUGCCAUGAACAAAUCUUUUAUGGAAUCCGGUGGGACUGUUUUGAGCACAAACUGGUCUGAUGUGGGUAAAAGGAAAGUAGACGUCAAUCCUCCAGACGACAUGGAGUGGAAGAAAUUCUAACCUGUUCCUCUGGCACUCAUAUCCAUUGUGUGUGAACAGAACAUCCUUGGAGCUGAAGCAAUUAAUACUUUGUUUUAUUUUUGGAGGAUUGUUCUUAUCUUACAUGCUUUAGGAAUCCCUUAAUCUGCAGGUUUAAAAGGUAUGAUCAGGAAGCUUAAGAAUCAAAGUUUAUUGCCACAUCGGUCCACAAAGGGACUUUUUUGUGAUAUCCCAAACCCCCCUGGUCCUAACCAUAUUUUUUUUCUCUACUGGGCUGUCUAGUUGUGCUUUUGAGGGACUCUUCAGAACCUUCAUUGAAAUACUUAGGAUUAUUGCCUUAUUAACUGCACAUAAUAUCUGUUAAAUUAUUUGCUCUAGUGACUUCAGGGUCAACACACUUCUCACUUACAGUGCUAAGAUUGUUCUGUGUGCAAAUAAAACUGUAAAGAGAGCGUUUUUCCCAUAAAGUGAACCUCAUUCUGCUUUGAUCAAACAAAAGCAGUUGUGGAAAGCAGAUGGCUGCUUCCAGAACUGCCCUUUUUUUUAUUCUCAAAAUCACUUUUCAGUUUCAGUGGAAGUAUUUUCUUUAAAAACAUAUUGGAAACAAACUGAUUCAGAAUGUAGCAAGAGAAGAGGCCGCUGAAAAUACACCCAAAUCUUUGCAGACAUAACUCUGUUUUUCUUACAUUAUGGUAACUAGCCCAGUUAAGUCUCCAAGGACCCUCAGAUUGAAUAAAGGUUAUUUUCUAUAA